GCUCCACCUGUGAUAGUUUUCUCUUCAGCUUGUGCAGGGUUGGCAGGUGGUGCUGUUCCAGCAGUCGCUCAACUUGCAUCAUCAUCUUAUCAUGCAGUGGUCUCAUCUUCAUCAUUGCCACCUCCAUCCUCUCGGGAUGACAAGGUAGGCAAAUCCACAGCGUCCUCCACUCUAUAAUUGUGUGGAGGGGGGGAGAGAGAGAGAGAAACAGUGCUUUGUUGUGCCUACUAGAAUCCAGGCCAUUAGCCUUAAUUGCUGGCCGUAAAUGGCUCCCAGAAGAUAUAUUAGUAACGCAUGACCAAGUUGACGACUACCGCUUCAGUUAGGUGGGCUGCAACAGAUAUAACGUUUUGUACAUGCAGAGUAAAUUUCACUUGGGCAUGCUCAGAAACUACAAUAUAUGAUUGUUGUUCGAUUGAUAAUUAUUCUUUUCAAAAGCAGAAAGUUUAAGCUGUGUAGGUAUUAUGAUAUGAAUUUUUGUAAAUUUGAACAACAAUUAUGCUGCGGCAAUGGUGCUUUAGAUACUGACCAUAUCUUGCUUGCACUACUCCUCGUCCGAUGCAUUGACAUUUAUAUUUCAGACAGAUUAUCAAUAAGCAAGAACAAUACUGGGCAAAUUGUCUCUUCGAGA